UAAAGUUCGGCUCCAUGGAUAAGUCGAAGAACUUUCGAAUAGACGCUCUGUUGUCAGAGAGCUCUCAUCGGAUAGUUUGCGAGGAUUCCCCGGGACUGUGCAAUGAAGACAUUGACAUCGAGCCCGCAACAUGCAAACGGGCACAAAACUCUCCUACUCGCGCUUUUCAGCUUCAGACAGGGGUCAUCCCCAAACCAGGCAUGCUAAACAUUUCUCACCCAGGAUUUACGUCACUUUCUCAAGGGUCUAUGCAAGGAAUGUAUCCCUCACCUAUGUACUCCAUCACGGCUUUUGGAGCGCAACAUCCUACCUUCGCGUAUUCUGGUUUUGCGCAUCCGUACCCGGAGCACCUGAAAGCAGCAGCCGUGGCCGGUUCAUUUCCGUUAGAACACUGGCUCCGGGCAGGACUCAUAAUGCCUCGCCUUGCAGACUACAGCGGGGCACCUCAAUCUGGUUUGAUUGGAAAGUGCCGGAGACCACGCACAGCUUUCACCAGCCAGCAACUGCUAGAGCUGGAAAACCAGUUCAAACUCAACAAGUACCUAUCACGACCCAAACGCUUCGAGGUGGCCACGUCUCUCAUGCUGACUGAGACGCAGGUGAAGAUUUGGUUCCAGAACCGACGGAUGAAGUGGAAGCGCAGCCGUAAAGCUAAAGAGCAGGCUGCGCAGCAGGAAACAGAUGGCUGUAAGUCAGGAAAACGAGGAAACAAGCCCAAAGACCUCAGUGGCUGCAGUGCACACGAUGACGAUGAGGAUCUGGAUGCAGAGGAGGAAGAUGAAGAAGAAGAGGAAGAGUUCAGAAAAUCCAUUAACGUCGGUGUAAGCCUACCUCACCCUUCGGACUUCCUGCAGCACAGCUCCGCGCUGAGCUACAGCUCUCAUGGCUCUUACUCUGAUGACGACCUGGAUGAGAUCGGAGGAGACCGAAAGAUCAGGCUUGGGUUAUGAGGGAUUAAUGGCAGCUGUAUAGUUGCAUGUCCAUUCAUGAAUUGGACUGCUAACUACAUCAAGGUUUAAAAUACAACACCUCAAGACUG